CGCGGGACGGAAGCGAGCGGGCGCGGGCACCGCGCAGAUGGCCGGGGCGAGCGAGAUCUGAGGCUCUGCUCCCCGAAACGUGACCAUGUGGAUUCAACAGCUUUUAGGACUCAGUUCCAUGUUCAUCCGCUGGCCCGGCUGCUCUCUAGGAAGCCAUGCUUGGAUCCUUAUAGCCAUGUUUCAGCUCGCCCUGGAUCUGCCCGCGUGUGAGUCCCUGGGCCCGGGCCCCGAGUUCCGGCUGCUGCCCCGGCUGCCCCACCGGCCGCCCCGCGUGUGGAGUUUUAAGAGCGGACAGCCUGCCCGGGUCCCAGCGCCCGUGUGGAGCCCCCGGCCGCCCCGCUUGGAGCGUGGUCACAGUCACGGGCAGAUGCUGAGUCCCCGGGCCCGACGGGCGCACAGACCCAGGGACCAGGUGGCCGCUCUGGGGCCCAAAGCGGGGCUGGCCAAGCCCCCAGCUGCUGCCAAAUCCAGCCCUUCCCUGGGCUCCUCCUCCUCCUCCUCCUCCUCUGCGGGAGGCAGUGGAGCUCCCACGGACCAGCAGGCCCUCCUGCGGCGGGGGAAGAGGCACCUGCAGGGGCCCGCUUUCAGCAGCUUUGACUUCCGAGGCAGCAGGCCCACCACAGAGACGGAGUUCAUUGCCUGGGGGCCCACGGGGGAGGAGGAGGCCCCGGAAUCCAAUACAUUUCCAGGCGUUUAUGGCCCCACCAAGGUCUCCAUCUUCCAAACGCGGAAGACAGCUGUGGCCACCGCCACCGCCACCGCCACCGCCACCACGGCCACCUCCGUGACACUGCAGACUCAGGGGGUCACCGAGCCCCUGGACCCCAGGAGUGGGAAACCGGUUGGGGUAAGCACAACGGAGCCUUCCACCAGUCCCAGCAGAGACAGUGGCAAAGUCAGCAAGCCCCCGCGGGUUCUGGGGGAGACCUCAGGUUUGGCGGUCCAUCAGAUCAUCACCAUCACCGUCUCCCUCAUCAUGGUCAUAGCUGCUCUGAUUACAACUCUUGUCUUAAAAAACUGCUGCGCCCAGAGCGGGAACCCUCGUAGGAACAGCCACCAGCGGAAGACAAACCAUCAGGAGGAGAGCUGCCAGAACCUGACGGACUUCACGCCCGGCCGGGUGCCCAGCAGCCUGGACAUCUUCACGGCCUAUAACGAGACCCUCCAGUGUUCGCACGAGUGUGUCCGGGCGUCUGUGCCCGUGUACACUGACGAGACGCUGCACCCGGCCGGGGAGUACAAAUCCACGUUUAACGGGAACCGACCCUCUUCUUCUGAUCGGCAUCUUAUUCCUGUGGCCUUUGUGUCUGAGAAAUGGUUUGAAAUCUCCUGCUGACUGGCCGAAGGCUUUUUU